UCCUUUCCUGUCAUAUAUGGCUGUCUGUGAACACAUGGUGAGCUGUGUCCUCCAAGAUGAAAGGGUCACUUUAGCUAAGUCUCACUGCUGCCUUUGAAAGCUUUGGAGAGAGCCCACCAUCAACAUUCUUAGUUUGGGAGCACCUGCUUGGUCUAUCACAAUGAAAUGGCUGGUGUGGGCACUCCUGCUGGGCUCGUCUGCAAUGGCACAAGUGCACAGAGAUCCCACUCUGGAUCAUCACUGGGAUCUCUGGAAGAAAACCUAUGGGAAACAAUACAAAGAAAAGAAUGAGGAAGUAGCACGGCGUCUCAUCUGGGAAAAGAAUCUAAAAACUGUUAUGCUUCACAAUCUGGAACAUUCAAUGGGAAUGCAUUCGUAUGAUCUAGGCAUGAACCACCUGGGAGACAUGACCAGUGAAGAAGUGAUAUCUUUGAUGAGUUCCUUGAGAGUUCCCAGCCAAUGGCCAAGAAAUGUCACUUACAAGUCAAAUCCUAAUCAGAAAUUGCCUGAUUCUAUGGACUGGAGAGAGAAGGGGUGUGUUACUGAAGUGAAAUACCAGGGUGCUUGUGGUGCUUGUUGGGCUUUCAGUGCUGUGGGAGCCCUGGAAGCACAAGUGAAGCUGAAAACAGGAAAGUUGGUGUCUCUGAGUGCACAGAACCUGGUGGAUUGCUCAACUGUAAAAUAUGGGAAUAAAGGCUGCAAUGGCGGCUUCAUGACAGAGGCUUUCCAAUAUAUCAUUGACAACAAUGGCAUCGAUUCAGACGCUUCCUAUCCCUACAAAGCCAUGGAUGGAAGGUGCCGGUAUGAUGUAAAAAAUCGAGCUGCCACGUGUUCAAGGUAUAUUGAGCUUCCCUUCGGCAGCGAAGAGGCCUUAAAAGAAGCUGUGGCCAAUAAAGGACCUGUGUCUGUUGCUAUAGAUGCGAAGCACUCUUCUUUCUUCUUCUACAAAACUGGUGUCUACUAUGACCCGUCCUGUACUCAGACUGUGAAUCAUGGUGUACUAGUGGUUGGCUAUGGUAACCUUAAUGGGAAAGACUACUGGCUUGUGAAAAACAGCUGGGGCCUCAACUUUGGUGACCAAGGAUAUAUACGGAUGGCAAGAAAUAGUGGAAAUCACUGUGGAAUUGCUAGUUAUCCUUCUUACCCAGAAAUCUAGAGGACCUCUUUGUUUUAUAACAAUUCAAGAAAAAAGAAACACUUUCUCACAAUUUAAUUUUACCUGCUGUAACUGUAGAAAUAAGUAUGAUAUGAUCAAUUUAUAUUUACUGUACUAACAGAAAGUAUAGUUUGAUUCAUCUACUUUUUUUAGCUUUGCAGAUCUUGGGGAAAAGUUUGCUAAGUAAAUUAAUAAUGUACAGUAGAUAUAAUUGUAUGAAAGUCAACUAAGACAAUCUGUCAUGUUUAUCACUCUUAUUUGUCCUUUUAAGUUCCCUAAUAUGCUGUUGAAACUUGAUGGCAUAUAGAUGCUUAAUAAAUAUAUAUCUUUUCAACUCUGUAUCAUUACCACAUACCAUUCUCUUUUAUUCUUAAGUAACUAUUAUAAUCUGUUAUGAGAAUAUAAAUUGUAAUAUGCUGGUGAUGUGCUAUGGCAACUUUAUGGAAGAAACUAUUAGAUUAUUAAUGUCCUCAGAUUGUAUCUUUGCACAUAAAAGGAUCAGUAAAUACUUUAAAAUCGGUGAUGUCAAAGAAGACAAAUGCUAAGGAGACAAUCUAUUUUCAAGCACUUUGUAAGAAUUAUUCUAUUGAUCAAUAAAUAUACUAAU